GUCAUGGUUAGACGACGAUGUUCCGGUGGUGAAAGAUAUUGUGCAACGGGCCCAAGAUAUGACUGACCUCGACAUGGAAUUUUCUGAACUUCUACAGUUAUGUAACUACGGAAUUGGCGGUCACUACCAACCUCAUUUUGACAUGGCCAGGGAAGACAAGGUGAACCUCCUUACGGCCAGCAUGGAGGAAGAAAAUGGAAAUCGAAUGGCGUCCCUUCUUUACUACCUGUCGACCCCUCUUGCUGGCGGCGGAACGGUUUUUCCAUCGCUGAAUAUCGCCGUUUCUGCAACAAAGCAAGAGCGGCCAACCAGAUAUGUCGACGUUGCAUGCGGUGUGUCCAGUACUGGCCGGAACAAAAUGGGUGGCAAACAUAUGGAUACGCGAGAGAAGUCAAGCUUUCAGACGGCCUUGCAGCUUAACUGAAA